AUGUCGCUGGUGUAUCGAGAGCGCGAUCGUGAAUGGGACGACUAUUCUGGUCGUUCUGACCCACGCAGCUCUCAUACUACUGUCAGGCGUUACGUCAUACCACCAGAGGAAGAACGUGAGCGCGAUGUUGUAUAUAGACGCGAAGACCCAGUCACUGGGGACCGGGAAUUAGUGAUCAGACGCAGUACGGAACGUGACGACCGGGACUACGACCGAGACUACAAACUACGACUCUAUGAGCGCUCUGAGAGGGAUUACUACGAUCGUGAGUAUAGCCAAUCUGACGGCCUUCGUCGUUAUUCCCGCUCCACAGAGUAUCUGGCGCGGCCGGAAUCUGCCCCUCAACCCAUCAUUAUCCACGAACGUCAACCAAUAAUUAUUCACGAAGCUCGAGGUCCCAUCUACGUCUCUCCACGAGAAGAGCCUGAAUAUCAGGUCAUACAUAAAACGGAGCUCGUUGAUCGGGAGCCUCGUGAUAGGGAAUACUAUUAUCAAAGACGGGUCCGUGAAUACGACGACGAACGGCGCUCUCGGCGUGAACUGAGUCCGGAAGAUUCCAUUUCAGAACGGGAACGGGAUCGCCGUGACCAAGACUACAGCAGCGACGACAGCAUGGUGUAUGUACGCAAAGAAACUCGAGAGUAUAAUGGUAGCCCACACAGGCGACAUCUCGCUGAAGGCGCUCUGUUAGGAGCUGGUGCAGCAGAACUGCUUAGGCAUCAUAACAAGAAGGAAGGCAAUGUCUCCCAUGGCAUUGGCCGUGUGGGAAGAGACGUUGGAGGAGCAGCGCUUGGUGCGAUAGCUGCUGGCGCCAUCGAGAGGGCACGAAGUCACCACCGCAGCAGAAGCCGGAGACGGUCUGAAUCAGUCGACUGGGAUCGGGGAUCACACCGCAGACACCAUCAUCGGCCCAGAUAUAGGAGCCGUUCCCGCUCAUCAUCCCACUCAAGAGCUAAGACUCUGGCGGAACUCGGACUCGGAGCCGCUGCUCUUGCAGGUGUUGUUGCUCUGGCCAGGAACAAAUCGAAAUCCAGGGAUGGGCGCGAGAGACGUAGUCGCUCACGCCAUCGCCGGGGUUCGAGUCCUUCCGACGGCGGUUCUGAAGACGAUACGCGAGACGAUGCUCGAAACCCAGCUCAUCGCAACAAGCGUAUGGCGGAAGCUGGUCUGGCAGGAGCUGCUGUGGCCGGUUUGAUCGAAAGGCACAGAAGUAAAUCCCGCUCGCGUCGUGGCGAACGAUCUCGCUCCCGUAGUAAGAUCAGACAAGCGUUGCCUGUUAUCGCAGCGGGACUGGGAAGUGCUGCCGUCGCCGGUCUAUACGAGAAGAACAAGGCAAAAAAGGAGAAUGAAGAAGCCCGUCCACGACGGUCUAGAUCGCGUAGUCGAUCUAGAUCUGGCACCUAUCCUGACGCUACCCGUGAUUCAGGGGGUUUGAUCGAGUAUGGCGACCGACCUGUGUAUGGUAAUAUACCAGAAGCAGAUUACUAUGGUCGACCGCCAAGUCCAGACGGAUACUAUUCCGAUGCUAUCGUUCCUGCUGCGACUGGUGCUGCAGCCUAUGGAGCUUCAAGGCAUCGCCGGCGUCAUCGAAGUCCUAGCCGCGACAGCCUGUACAGCAGUGACGCGCCUGAUUCGGAUAGAAGUCCCAGAAGAAGACAUCGUCACAAGCAUCACAGCAGUCGUAGUCGCUCCCGGCAUCUUGCUGAGGCAGCUUUGGCCGCCGCCGCAGGAGGCUUUGCUGCGGACCAAUAUGCAAAGAAGAAGGAGCGCAAAAGGGCAGAAAAAGAGCGACGAAGACAUGAAAGCGAUGAGGACUAUGACCCGUACGAAGAUCAGUAUGAUCCAGAUCCGUAUACGCCACCGCCUCCACCAGCAGGCGCUGGGCCAUAUGCAGGAGACCACCAUUAUCCUCAGACCAACUCGUUCCCCCCACCUCCAGGAUCGGCCCCUGUUCCCCCGCAGAGUCAACCUGCACCAUACAAUCCUGGAGAGUAUCCCCCUCCACCAAGUGCAGCACCGCCGCCACCACAGCCAUACGGCUAUCAACCUCCUCCGGGACCGGAUCCGUAUGCUCCCCGACCGCGGAGGGCGGAUGAGAAUGUGAGUGCUGCACCAUCUCCUAUUCCUCCCACUGAUGCACACCACAUGGUAGAUGGUCUAAGAGGCAAACCUCCUUUGUCAGCGGCAUCUAUAAGCCAGCCACCCUGGUCGACAAAUCAUGAAGUUGGAGAAGGUAGUCACCAUGAGCGCUCUUCACAGCCCAAGACGGUUGCCUUCGAUCUUCCUUCCGACUCGUCACAGGAGAGCGACCGUUCAAGCGAGCCCGAUACUGGGUACGAGACUGAUGACAGUGAAGCAACAAUCGAUGGGAGUGUUCCUAGCCAUCAUCGGGGCUCUGCAGGUCAGCAUCACAGGGGGCCUGUUUCCCACUCGCCAACACCGCAUCCUGAAGCGCAUAGUCCGUCACGUUCGCAUAAGCAUCGCGCCUCUGACAAGACCGCGGAAUCGGACUCUGACUCGACCAUUGACCUUCCUCCUAGAUUCGAUUCUCAAGGCCGCCCUAUUCCCCAGCCAGACGAUGAUCCGCUUGCAGACCACAUCCAAAAGCUCCUGAACGGUAUAGGCAGUGUGCUACUGAGAUAGUGCCCUGUCUCUGAUUCCCUAUUUUCUAUUCUGUAUUCUCCUAGACGGGCUUUCAUAAUUCCUAAUUCUUUUUGAUUAACUUCUGGAUUCUAUGAUUAUGAAUAUGGAUGAUUUGGAGACAACUGAUGAUUUACGAACUUUCAUGAUGGAACGUGGUUCACGAUGGAGGAUAGCUUAAUAUUGAUGUUACGAUCAUGAUCUACUCUGUACUUAUGUGAUUCUUUUUUUAUACAACUGAAUGUACAUCGGUUCUUGAACAUGCGUGGAUGUUCCAGGGAAUUACUAGACAUA